ACAGCGGCAACCAAUGCCUCGUUUCUAUGGCAACUGUCCUAGAAGGCCACAGCGACUUCGUCUCCAUAGAAACGAGCGUUCUACCGGAUGGUGCAGCUGAGAACACAUUCCCCCGAGAGGACACAGCGAGUGCCAUGGACAUGAAUAAAUGAUGUUGGUGAAUAUGACCCUCUGGGUUGGCAUGGAGAUCCAUGUCUGAUGAGAACGUGCUGCCCCCCGAGUUUCAUUAGAAGGCAGACAGUGUGGCUUCUUCCUUGGAUCUCAUUUGUCACCAGCAGUAAAGUGCCAAUGGCGUUAGGUGGUAAACAGAAUAGAUGAUGUAAGGUGGACAGAAUAGUUCACCAUGGGGGCAGUGGUUGUGGAUGACAAUCCGUCCAAAGUUAAGGCGCCAGAUGGAGGUUGGGGAUGGGCAGUUCUCUUCGGCUGUUUUGUCAUCACCGGAUUCUCCUAUGCUUUCCCUAAAGCAGUCAGCGUGUUCUUCAAGGAACUCAUCAGGGAGUUUGGCAUUGGUUACAGUGACACAGCAUGGAUAUCCUCCAUCCUACUAGCUAUGCUGUAUGGAACAGGUCCCUUGUGCAGUAUUUGUGUGAACCGGUUUGGGUGCCGGCCAGUAAUGAUGGUUGGUGGUCUAUUUGCCUCACUUGGGAUGGUGUGUGCAUCGUUUUGUACAAACAUCAUCGCGAUCUACCUCACUGCUGGAGUCGUGACAGGUCUUGGACUGGCACUGAAUUUCCAGCCUUCCCUUAUUAUGUUAAAUCGAUACUUUGACAAACGCCGUCCACUGGCCAAUGGGUUGGCGGCUGCUGGAAGCCCUGUGUUCCUUUGUGCGCUGUCUCCAUUAGGACAAAUUCUCCAAUAUGAGUUUGGCUGGCGAGGAGGCUUUCUUAUAUUAGGUGGUCUGCUCCUUAACUGCUGCGCAUGUGGUGCCCUGAUGAGACCUCUAGAGCCACCAAAGAAUGAAAAAGAGACCAAAGAAGUAGAAAAGCCCAAACCCAAAAAACUGCUGGACUUCUCUGUGUUCAAGGACCGUGGAUUCGUCAUCUACACUGUUGCUGCUUCUAUUAUGGUUUUGGGGCUUUUUGUUCCUCCAGUGUUUGUGGUCAGCUAUGCAAAAGACAUUGGGUAUCAAGAUACAAAAGCCGCUUUUCUCCUUAGCAUUCUUGGAUUUGUUGACAUCUUUGCCCGGCCCACCUGUGGUAUCAUUGCUGGGAUGAAGUGGGUUCGACCACGCUGCGUCUAUCUCUUUGGCUUCGCCAUGAUCUUUAAUGGAUUCACUGACCUGAUGGGAUCCAUGGCGGACACUUAUACAGGCUUGGUGAUUUUCUGUAUUUUCUUUGGGAUUUCGUAUGGGAUGGUUGGUGCAUUACAGUUUGAGGUCCUCAUGGCAAUUGUUGGCACACAGAGGUUUUCCAGUGCUAUUGGAUUGGUUCUUCUGGCAGAAGCAAUUGCUGUCCUUAUUGGACCACCUUCAGCAGGGAAAAUUUUGGAUGCAACGGGAAGAUACAUGUUCGUCUUCAUUAUUGCCGGGACUGAAGUGGUCACAUCUGCAUUAGUGUUAACCCUUGGCAAUUUUUUCUGCAUUAAGAAAAAGCCUGAGGAACCACAUGGUAAAGAAGAGGUUGCAGAAAUAGGAGAGAUCAAUAAACUGGAGGACAAAGCGCCCCAAGAUGAGAAGGCAGAACCGGCAGAGGCAGAACAGUUCUUGAAAGAAGAGAAGGAGAAAAAUGGUGACGUUGUAACGAAUCCAGAAACCUGUGUGUGAAGGAUGACUGGACAUUUUAGCAGAAUUUAUUUAUAGGAUUUAGAAUUAGGGCUGUGCCAAUUCUGGAUCACUCUAAUGUAUUCAAGAAGCCAAACCACACAUGCAGAGGUCGAAGCAAAAGGUCACAGGUUCUCCGUCUAAAAUGUUAGCUACUAUUAUUGUAAAUGGUUGUAUCGACCCAUCACAGUACCCCUGUUUGGUUUCACACAGUCUUGAUUUUUUACUUUUUUGUUUUGUUUUGUCUUGUGUCCACUGUAAAUGUAUUUAUAUUUAUCAUUUUAUUUAUGGUGUCUCUUUAUGAAGUUUUAUUUGAUUUUUGGUUAUAUUUGAUAUUGCACUGAGAGUCAAUUAUAUGUUCGUAUAAACAUAUAAUUUUUUAAACAAAGAAUAGUUGUGUGCUUUAUUCCUUGCAAAAAAAAAAAAGUUAUUACGAAAUCCCUUGGAGGACAUGAAGUGUUAAAAGGAAGUACGUAGCAAGGCACGGGCGGUUCCCUGCAGGGAUUAUGCAUAACACAAAAAUUUCAAAAUUUGUUGAGGCAUAAUUAAAAUAGGUAGAAAAAAAAGUAUUAAAAAAUACAAAUGAAACUCCAACGCAUUUUGAAUCGUUAGUGAUUCUUAUUCAUGGUAACACUAGAAGUACAAACAGAGCACGCUUAUAUUCUUUUCCUGCUACCAUUAUCAUGUGUGCUUUGUGGUCAGAAAAUUUUAAUUUUUCAAGAUUAUUUUAUAAUAUAAAAAGUUAAAUGAAAAAAAAAAAAAAUUUCUCCAAAAAUGAUUAGAAAUAAUGUUUAAUAUUAUUUUUUUGGGGGAAAAUUACCUACAGUAUAAACUAAGAACACAUUCCCUUAAAGGGGUACUCCGGUGCUCCAGUGUUCAGAUUUUGUUCAGAACGCUCGGAGCCGGAGGCUGUGAUCGUGACAUCAUGGCCACGCACUUGUGAUGUCACGUCACACCCCCUCCGUUCAUGUCCAUGGGAGGGGGCGUGUAGGUUGAGACGCCCCCUCCUAUAGACAUGAAUGGAGGGGGCAUGGCGUGACGUCACUGCCACAGGAACCUGGCGUUGGUUUAGAAUGCCGAGUGCUGUGGGAGAUUGCAGAGGCCCCAGCAGUGGGACCCCAGUGAUCAGACAUCUCAUCCCUAGAGAUAAGAUGUCUAGCAGCAGAGUACCCCUUUAAAGAAGUAGAUGCAGCAGGGAUGAUCUGUCUCCUAGUUUCUUUUAACAGGAGCCAUACCCUUCCCGUUCUGUAUACAAGCAAUAUUGGAUUGGAUUAUUGGAUAUAAAAAUAUUUGCUUAGACAUGCAAGUGCUUUGCAAUAUACAGUCGUCAAAAGGUUAUAGCCUUCUUAAAGGGGGGCGUGUCCCUCGAAACGUUGCGUCAUAUCCUGUUGCCCUGAGCUGAGAAUACCUGGCUGACAUGUGAAUGUUGUAUACUGCACUUUAUUGGAAAAAGAGAAAAUAAAAGAAGACCGGCUGGUCGUUUUGUACUCUA